CGCGCCCGCCGCGGCCCCAAGAGGCCCCAAGAGGCCCGGCCCGGCGGCGGCCAUGGCCGGAGGGCCGGGCCCGGGCGAGCCAGCGGUGCCCGGCGCACAGCACUUCUUGUAUGAGGUGCCGCCCUGGGUCAUGUGCCGCUUCUACAAAGUCAUGGACGCCCUAGAGCCGGCCGACUGGUGCCAAUUCGCGGCCCUAAUCGUCCGCGACCAGACAGAGCUACGGCUGUGCGAGCGUUCCGGGCAGCGCACCGCCAGCGUCCUGUGGCCCUGGAUCAACCGCAACGCGCGCGUGGCCGACCUCGUGCGCAUCCUCACGCACCUGCAGCUGCUGCGUGCGCGGGACAUCAUUGCGGCCUGGCACCCUCCCUCCCCACUCCCGUCCCCAAGCAUUGCUGCCCCAGAGCCCCGCGACAGUGACAACGGCCCUGCCCCCGCUGAGGCUGAAGCCCGGGGCCCCCGGAAGUGGCCGUCCUCUGCUUCCACCGCGCCCUCCCCAGGCUCCCAGCCCCACACUGGGCCAGACGUGUGCCCUGUCCCGAGCCCUGCCGCCCUCCAGCCGCCACCGCCAUCCCCAGCCCCUCCCUCCACCAAGGUAGGUGCCUCCCUCCCCACAGGGCAGGUGCCAGCUGGGAGGCAGCUGGGAUGGGCAGCUCGCACCCGCGACCUCCCCCGAGCAGGUCGCUGGCAGCAGCCCAGCGUGGGGUCCCUGCUGCAGGGGCCCGGGCCUGCCCCCUUCUGCUGGCCCCUCAGCGAGAUCGCCCAGGGCACCCGCGACUUCGCGGAGGAGCUGUGCGUCGGCGAGGGCGGCUUCGGCUGCGUGUACCGGGCAGUGCUCAGGAACACCACGUACGCUGUGAAGAGGCUCAGGGAGGACGCCGACCUGGAGUGGAGCGUGGUGAAGCAGAGCUUCCUGACUGAGGUGGAGCAGCUGUCCAGGUUUCGCCACCCGAACAUCGUGGACUUGGCUGGCUACUGUGCCGAGAGUGGCUACUACUGUCUCGUCUACGGCUUCCUGCCCAAUGGCUCCCUGGAGGACCGUCUCCACUUCCCACCGCAGGCCUGUCUGCCUCUCUCAUGGCCACAGAGACUGGACAUCCUGCUGGGCACGGCCCGGGCCAUCCAGUUUCUGCAUCGGCACAGCCCCAGCCUCAUCCACGGUGACAUCAAGAGUUCCAACGUGCUUCUAGAUGACAGGCUGAUGCCCAAGCUGGGGGACUUUGGCCUGGCCCGGUUCAGCCGCUUCACGGGGGCCACGCCUGGCCAGAGCAGCACUGUGGCGCGGACCCGCACAGUGCGGGGCACACUGGCCUAUUUGCCAGAGGAGUACAUCAAGACAGGCCGGCUGGCCGUGGACACAGACACCUUCAGCUUCGGGGUGGUCGUGCUCGAGACCCUGGCUGGCCAACGGGCUGUGAGGACACACAGCACUGGGACCAAGUAUCUGAAGGACCUGGUGGAAGAGGAGGCUGAAGAGGCUGGGCUGAGCCUGAAGAGCACCGGGACCACUCUCCAGGCUGGCCUGGCGGACGCCUGGGCCGCGCCCAUCGCCGCCCAGAUCUGUGAGAAGCACCUGGACCCCAGGCCUGGGCCGUGCCCACCCCAGCUGGGCCUGGUCCUCGGGCAGCUGGCUUGCUGCUGCCUGCACCGCCGGGCCAAGCGGAGGCCCCCCAUGACUCAGGUGUAUGAGCAGCUGGAGAGGCUGCAGGCAGCUGUGACUGGACCUCCCCUGGAGCCAGAGGUGGCUAGCCAGGAUGUCCCAUUCCCCCAAGAAAACUCCUACGUGUCUGUAUCCAGUUACAGUAGCCCCCAGGCUGAGAGGGCCCCACCCGAGCCCCUGCUGGUACACUCGGUAGCCCCUGCCCAUGCUACACCGCAGCCCCGCCAAAGCCCCAACCAGCCCGUGGAGAGUGAUGAGAGCCUGUCGGGCCUCUCUGCCAUCCUGCACUCCUGGCAUUUGAGCCCCAGCUGUCCACUGGGCCCCACGUCCUUCCAAGGGAAAGAUGCCGCUCAAGAAUCUAGCUGGGGGAGCCCCCCAGGCCUGGGGACCCCGGCUGCAGAAGGGGCACCCCUGGGCAGCUCUGCUUCCUCAUCCUCCUCCGCUUCUGAGCCGCCGCAUAUCGUCAUCAACCCAGCCCGACGAAAGAUGGUGCAGAAGCUAGCUUUGUAUGAGGGUGGUGUCCUGGACAGCCUACAGCUGCUGUCGUCCAGCUCUCUGCCAGACUUGGGCCUAGAAUCCAGGACCAGACAGGGACCUGAAGAGAGUGAUGAAUUCCAGAGCUGAUAUGUCCCUGGGGUGUGUCCCCAGCCCCCUGAAGUCAAAGUUCUCAUGGUCAGAAGUUCUCACAGCCCACGACCCUCCUGUCCCAGGGCCACAGCACAGGCAGUGUGGUGGCCACAGAGGGCACGAUGUCUCAGGGCCGCCCCACGGGCACUGCAGUGGCACCAGCGGGGAAACCUGAGCCCAUGUCCCCCGUGCCGGCGUGACUAGGAAAGGGAAACCGGCUGCGCUGAGCGCAGCAGGCCAGGGGCCAGGGCAGAGUUCUGAGGAGCCGUGGGCGCCCACCGUCCGCCCUGUCGGGUGA